AUGACCCAGCCAUCUGAGACGUCGCGGGCGGCAUCAUCGUCGUCGUCGUCUUCUUCGGCGGCAUCAUCUUCAAAGGUUGCCCCUCCACAGCGGGCACGAUGGAUGUACGCUCGCGGUGAUACAUGGGCCACCUUUCAACCUCAUGAUGAUGAAAAGCUCGAACAAAGAUGGAACAAGCUCGGCGGCGCAGUGUGGGCUCGCUCACAUCGUCGAGAAAGGCCCGGCGAUGACGAGCAGCAACAGUCCAUCACCUCAUCGGCGCGCGCUCCCCCUUCCGGCGUCGACGCCAUCCACUCCGCCCUGGCCAACUUCUCAGAAUCAUCCAGCAAUGGCAGAAACAAGGCCAAAAAAUCUUCUCAAGAUCGAGAGCAAUCGAACACCUCUUGGCUCGGCGGCCUGCGUCACUACAUGCCCUUCGGCGCCACUCACGACACUAAGGACGAUGAGGACAAUGCGGGCACUGACUCAAGCGAGCAGGAUAAGUCCAAGGAAGACUCAGACUCGGAAAAGAUCCAGGUCAACUUCAUCCUUGAUCCGGAUCAGCCCGAGUCGGAACGCGUCGCUAAAGUAGAGGUCAUGGAAGAUAACCUCUUCGACGUUGACCUCGAGUCUAUGACCCUCUACCCGGUCUUUUGGAAAGGUGUCCUGCUCAAGGUAGUGCGCGCAACAUGGUUCUAUUCCUCCCUCACAGAUGGAUCCUACGCACCUAUCAGCUGGGAAGACCCUCUAUCGCAGGAUCUCGAUCACGCCUAUGAGCAAGCACAGCCCUGGCUCAACGACGCCUCGUCUGGCGACGACUCCAAAGACACCUCCAACAUGGGGGAGGAGACGGACAAGUCGAAGCUUUAUCCGCUACCAAGCAUGAAAGACAAGGGUCAAGUUUCCUUCCAGGACGCCGAAGUUGGUCGCAUCUUCUCUGAAGACCUACGAGGCCGCUUUCUGUCCGUCGUCGGUGGGUCCAUCGUAGUCCGAGGCUUUGAUCGGGCCGAACAGAUCGCAGAGCAAAAAGAAUUCAGUCCACUCUUCCACGUGUCCCUGCCUUGGGCCAACGAUGACGAAAACGACCGUGGCACAGGGGAUGGAGGGACGUCCAAGUACAGCGAGGCCCAACAGAAGGGAUCUAGCGUUGGCGCCCACACGGCUUCCAAACGCGAAGGCGCAGCAAAGCCUGGUUCCUCGCCUCCAUCAGGCGGUGGCGCUGAUGGUCCGAAUCGCACCGGCUCGUCGACUGACGGCGACAAGGACGAGCGAGGGUCAUUCAUCUUCAAGCUUGUUCCUUCCAGCGACGCAGCCUUGCGUCCACUGGUCGCCCUCAAGAAGCUAUUUGGCUACAACGAAAAUGACGCCGUCGACGAAGAGAAGCGCAAGGUCAAACAGCAAAUGACCGAAAACGAGCUAGAUCGACAAAAACGCUCCGAAAAUGAACCCGACCUGAUGCCUGACGAUCGCAAAGACGAGCCUCCCGAGCUGGUCUUCGCCAUUCAUGGCAUAGGACAAGCCCUUACAGAAGAUAUCGAAGCGCUCGACUUCGUGUAUGAUGUUGAGCGUCUUCGCAAUUUGGCGAGCGAGAAUUCCAGCGAUCCCGCCGUACGAAGACUCUCACGGGGACGUAGAGCCCAAUUCAUCCCUAUCUGCUGGCGAAGGUUCGUCGAGUUCGAUGAUCAGCCCGACGAGAACGACAACUUUUACACGCUCAGCGAUAUCACCAACUCAGCGGCUAUCCCGAUGGUCCGCAAUGUCAUCACCAAGGUUGUGCUUGACGUGCCUUUCUACUUGUCUCGGCACCGCAAGAAGAUGAUCGACUCGGUCAUCUCUGAGCUCAAUCGCACCUAUCGUCUCUUUUGUCGUCGCAACCCCGACUUCGAGAAGAACGCAGGCCGCGUUUCUAUCAUCGGUCAUUCGUUGGGCUCAGCAUUGUCAGCCGACAUUCUUUCGUCACAACCAUCCAAGGUGCCGCCACUCUUGGAAGUCGAGCGGUCAGAUCGCGAUGCCCUGAGGCGGAACGAAAAUCUUCACUUCAACGUCAAGAACCUCUUCUUCAUCGGCUCGCCCGUAGCAUUCUUCUUCCACCUCGAUGGCGGGCAGCUCAUUGCGAGAAGCGGCACCGACAGGCAUCCAGACAACCACGGAGAUGCUCUGGACGGCGAGAAAGGUCGUUACGGCUGCCUGGCGACGGAGAAUGUGUACAACAUCUUCAAUCCCAAUGAUCCCGUCGCUUUCCAGCUCGCCCCAACGGUCGACUCGGCCUACGCCAAGCUCAUCAAGCCCAUUUCGAUCGAGAGCGCCACCGAGGUCAUCCUUCGUAGCCUCUCUCUGCCACGUAUCAGUGUCAGUCGGGUCUUUGAGAAGUACAAGGAUCGUCCUUUCCAGGGUGUCGGCAAGAUCGUGAGACAGGCGCGCAUUCUGGAGAACAAACAAGAUGCGCUUCCCUCUGACCUCUCCGAGCUCGAGGAGAAGCAUCUCAAGCAGAGGAAGCUCGGCAAACGCAUCGUCGACGCCUCGGACUACAUCCAGACCGUGCGCAAAUGGCACAAGCUCCAGAACGCCGAUCCUGGCUCUGCUGAUGCUGGCGCAGCCACGCCAGAGAAGAGGGAGCUCGAGACCGAGGAAGGCAGACGCAAAAAGAUGCUGCAGCCUGAAACGGCCCUCCGCACAUCAUCCAUUCCGGGAGAAGAGGCAGACGACAAGCACGACUUUGAUCUCGACUCGCUCGAGCGGGCCGAACGUCGUUUCCGUGCACUCAAUCCGCACGGGUGCAUCGACUAUCACCUGUCCGCAAGCAUCAGCCUCAGCGGAUACCUAGACAUGUUUGGUGCGCAUCUGUCGUACUGGGGACACAGAGACUUUGCCGUCUUUAUCCUCACGCAGCUGUUCAUGGACUUUACCAAGAAGGACGAGCUUACCAUCGUGCCGCAGAUCCAGAAUUCGCAGAAGAGCGAUGACAGCGACGACGAAGAGGAGGAUGACGAGGAAGAUGAAGACGAAGACCACGAAGACGAGGAGGAUGACGAGGAAUAG